CAAGUCCCAACUCCUUUUUAUCUAAAUCCAAUCCGGUUCCCACGACAGGCUUUUAUUUGUUGCUUCUAAAAUCUCCACAUUUGCAGGAGUUAUGAGGCCAUAUCUGAACCAUGCCACAACUAGACCAUCAUCAUCAGCAACUCCUCCAUAUUUACCAUGUUACCACCACUCGCAUUUCCUUUCUCCCAAGACCUCUUUUAUUCCUCUCUUUCAUUCAACCAAAUACCCAACUCUUCAAAACCCGAAAUCCCCUUCAUAUCCCCUGCAAGACCCCACCAAUUUUCCUGCUUUUGUGUCCCUAGUGAAAGCAUCGAUGGCCUCUUCAGCAUCAUCAGGAAGGGCUGCCACAGAGACAAAGCCUUUCUCUGUUCUUUUCGUUUGCUUAGGCAACAUCUGCCGGAGCCCAGCUGCUGAAGGUGUCUUUAGAGAUAUUGUGAAAAAGAAAGGCCUUGAAUCCAAGUUUAACAUUGACUCUGCUGGCACCAUUAAUUACCAUGAGGGAAAUUUGGCAGACCCAAGAAUGAGGGCAGCCUCAAAAAGGCGUGACAUUGAGAUAACAUCUAUUUCAAGGCCAAUCCGGCCAUCGGACUUUAGAGAUUUUGAUCUUAUUAUUGCAAUGGACAAGCGAAAUAGAGAGGAUAUAUUAGAGGCUUUCAAUAGGUGGAAAUCAAGAGACAAACUCCCCGCUGAUGCCUAUAAAAAAGUUAGACUGAUGUGCUCUUAUUGUAAGAAACAUGACGAGACAGAAGUCCCGGAUCCAUACUAUGGCGGAGCGCAAGGUUUUGAGAAGGUUUUAGACUUGCUUGAAGAUGCUUGCGAAUCCUUACUGGAUAACAUCUUGGCCGAAAACAGCAACAUUCAUGGGUCAUAAGUGUCUAGUUCAAACCUCUGUUUGAUCCAGUUCCAAUAUAGGCCAUAGUUAUUGGCCGAGAAAUUUGUUCAUAUACCCAACGUAUUUAACGACUUAUUAUGUGUUUGAAAGGGACUUCCAUUGGUGUUUGCAUGUAUUUAAACUUUUUUUUUUUUUUUGUUGUUGUUGAAAAGCAAUGUGUCCCCUGUUAAGGUCACUCUUAAAAUUUCACUGACGAUCCAUGAAAUGAUUUCUCUUAAUAUAUUACAUCAGAAAUUAUGCUA